AAUGGCCACGUUAACAAUGUGGAAAAUUUUUAUGGCGCUGCUGCUCGCUCUGGCUCUCAAUUCGACGCUGGUAAUGCCGGUCACAUUAGCGCACCAGCAUGCCAGCAUGGGCGAGCGGACGGGCGGAGGAUCUGCAGGACAUGGCGGUACACUGGGCCGGCUUCUGGACUGGGCAAGGAUGCACACGUCAAAACGAAGGACAUUGAUGCCGUCGAGGGUAAAUCAGUGUCGCUGCCCUGCCCCAUUGCCGAGCCCCUAAAUGAUGUUUAUAUGGUCUUAUGGUUUCGUGAUAAUGCGGGCAUACCAUUGUAUAGCUUCGAUGUGCGAGAUAGCAUGGCCAUUGAGCAGCCCCGACAUUGGUCAGCACCGGAGGUCUUUGGCUCACGUGCAAAAUUCCAUUUGGAUACGCAACCGGCAACCUUGGAAAUAAAGGAUAUCAAACGUCAUGAUCAAGGCAUUUAUCGUUGUCGUGUGGAUUUUCGCACAACUCAAACGCAAAGCUUCCGUUUCAAUUUGUCUGUAAUAAUACUUCCGGAGCAGCCCCUCAUACUGGACCGUUGGGGUCGUCAACUGAACGGCACACAAUUGGGGCCCAAGCAGGAGGGCGAUGAUAUUGUUAUCACUUGUCGUGUGGUGGGCGGUCGCCCGCAACCGCAGGUCCGUUGGCUCGUAAAUGGACUACUUGUCGACAAUCAAAACGAGCACAAUUCCGGCGAUGUUAUCGAGAAUCGUCUGUUGUGGCCAUCGGUGCAGCGCAACGAUUUGAAUUCCGUAUUCACAUGUCAGGCAUUGAAUACGCAAUUAGAUAAGCCCAAGGAGAAGAGCUUCAUACUCGAUAUGCACUUGAAACCAUUGACUGUGAAAAUUGUGGACCCACCCAAUUCUAUGACUGCGGAUCGUCGCUAUGAAGUCACAUGCGAAUCGUCGGGCUCGAGGCCGGCCGCCAUCAUUACCUGGUACAAGGGUAAACGUCAAUUGCGACGCACAAAGGACGACAUAUCAAAGAACUCAACACGCUCGGAGCUGAGCUUUGUGCCCACCACAGACGACGAUGGCAAAUCGAUAACAUGCCGUGCGGAAAAUCCAAAUGUGAAUGGCCUGUAUUUGGAGACCAUGUGGAAAUUGAAUGUCGUUUAUCCACCUCUGGUUGAACUGCACUUGGGCUCCACACUGGCGCCGGAUGAUAUCAAGGAAGGCGACGAUGUUUACUUCGAGUGUCACGUGCACUCGAAUCCUCAAUGGCGGAAACUGUUGUGGUUACAUAAUGGCAUUCAUCUGGAGCACAAUACGUCUGCGCGUGUCAUACGCUCCAAUCAAAGUCUGGUCUUGCAGAAGAUAACCAAACACUAUGCGGGAAAUUAUGCGUGCAGUGCCAUCAAUGACGAAGGCGAGACCGUCAGCAAUCAGCUCCCAUUGCGUGUUAAAUAUACGCCCGUUUGCAAACACACGGAUCGCGUUAUACUAAUUGGUGCCUCCAAGGAUGAAACCGUUGAGGUUGUUUGCGAGAUACAAGCGGAUCCACCGCCACGGUAUGUGCCUACACACAAAGAGCUCCGAAUAUCAAAACAAACCAAUUCGAGCAGGCUCAUUGCAAUUGCUUCCGGUUUCCUGUUCAACGGAACGUUUGCUAAAUUGACAAAUGACUCCUUGCCCAAUGCCGUUGCCAAUUGUACCGUCUUCAAUCGAACGGAGCUCAGUGUUGACAUACAAUGCGUACCUGGCUACGAUGGUGGCUUGCCACAAAUAUUUGUGCUUGAAAUGUUUUCCUCUCGCACUGGCCUGACAAGAUUCAAUGUGAGCAAUGCAGACGAGGCGCUCUUCUCGCUGGAGAACAUGGACACGCUAACCUCGAUGAUGAUGCAAGAGAACAACUCGUUGCGUAUACGUAUCUAUUCGUAUAAUCAAAAGGGCCGCAGUGCCGCAUAUCUGUUACCCGACUUCAUAAUUGGCUCGGCAGCUUACAAGACAGACGACGAUGUAACACUGACGCUGUCACCUGUAAUUGUUGGCAGCGUUUUGACCAUCAUAAUUAUUGGAGUGGCCAUCGCGAUACGAAUAUUUGUGGUGACAUUUCUGCACAAUUUACGUAGCAAUCGUCAGCAUGGCAACAAGGCGACGGCAGCGGGCGUGGUCGUGCAAUCUGGUGAUGUCUUCAAGAGUGGCAAUCUGGAAAAGCCGCGCUGGCAACACACGGAUAUUAAAACAAAAUCAUCUGAGGACUUGGUGGAAGACGAACGUGAUCCUGAUGUAAUACCAUCGCAAUAUGUUGGCGGCAGCAGCGCCGGCAGCAGUGGCAGCAAUGCCUCCAAUGUGGGCAGCACCACAGCCGGCACCACUGGCACUGGCAGCAGCACCUCCACGGCGGUUGCUGCCGCAGCUGCAGGCCCCACAGCAGACAGAGAUGCGCAUCAGUUUGCCGCAGCCACGCCGUCUGGCAUUGGAGCUGGAGUUGGAGUUGUUGGCAGCGUUUCCAAAUGGUCACCCAAUGGAACUGCAGCGGCCAUGACGACAACAACGGCGCUGACCAGCGAUCCAGUGAAUGCGCCGGUCACCUACAAUCAGAUCAAUACGCAGCGCGCCCAGCUGCUGGCUGCGGUCACAGCGGGCGGCGGCGGCUGCAGCAGCAGCGUCAUCUCGCCCAGCAGCAGCAUCAUGAGCAGUCUGACGGGCGCUGGCGUGGGCAAGCCCCAUGGUGUUGGCACUCUAGUUGGCUCACCCACUUCGCUCUCAUCGACGGCGACGCUGGCCGCGCAUUUGCAGCCGGCGCAUAGCAGCGGCGUUGGCACGCUGCCGCCUGGCCUGGGCAGUGGCGGUGGCUAUAUAAUGAAUGCUUAUGCCAGCGGACGUCUGCACCAUGCAGGCAGCGCUGGUGUAAGUCACAUGGCCACCCUGAAUCGACAUCAUGCGCAUCAGCAGCAGCAGCAGCAUCAUCAUCCAGGCUCUGGCUCCAGUUUGCUGCUUGGCAGCGUGGGCAGCGUUAUGGGCGUGGGCGUUACCGCCAGCACCACUGCGACCACCUCCUGCAACUCGUCGCAGGACUUGGAUGACAACAUUAACAUAAAUGCCAUCAAGGACUGCCUCAUGACGCAGCGUGUGCCCGAGAGCUGCGUCUGAAUUGCUUCCAUUGAAGAGCGAGCAGCGAGAAUAAUUAGACUAGUUACUGAGCUAAAUGUUAAAUGUCUGUAGAUUUGUAUGUACAUAAGCGAAAGCUCCGAGCAUGUAUUCCAAUCCAAUUAAGGUGGACUGGCCUCUCUUUCAACUGACAGCUGGCAUAUCUUCCGUAAAUAAAGUGCAUAUCAGCAUGGAAGUUAAUGUUGCUUUUAUGUUUGACUUUCCAUAUAUCAAUUGCAAACUGAGGGCAUAUUUAGAGAAAACUUUCAACAUUUCCAUUUCUUGCUGCAAAGCAUUUUCAAUACAAUAGUUUACUUUCCAUGUAUAAAUGCAUAUAGCGAAUGCAAUAUAUAUAUAAAUGCAUCUAGGCGAUAGUUUAGCUUAAGGCAACUUCAAAAAGACUCUGAAAAUUUAGUAGCGAAACUUAUUUGUAGCAAAGAAAAAUGUUCCCAAACAAAAACCAAAACAAAAACAACAACAACAACAUAAAUCUAUAAAUAU